AUGGUUCUCCCCGUGUACCUCGAAGGGCGCUGGGACGGUUCACAAAUCAUCUACGCUGCCCUGGCCCUGCUGACGGCUUGGUUCACCUUGCUCCUCUAUUUCCAGAGGUUCAACAACAUAGGCUUGUAUGUCGCCAUGUUUUUGGAGAUCCUGAACACACUGCUGAAGGUGUUCUUCGUGUUCUCCGUUCUCAUCGUGGCGUUCAGUCUCGCGUUUUUCAUCCUUAUGUCUCACGUAUCCUCCACCCAUACCCAGGGCGGUCACCUGUCUUUCUCCACGGUGCCCAUGUCGAUGCUCCACACAGUCUCCAUGAUGAUCGGCGAGGUCGAUUUCCUACAGGUGUUUGUCUACCCUUUCUACAGGGAGAGUGAGAGGGGCACUUAUAUCCCCUUUCCUGGGACGACUUUCACCCUCCUAGCCGUGUUUAUGAUCCUGAUGCCUAUCCUCUUGGUGAAUCUGCUCAUCGGCUUGGCGGUCGGGGACAUCGAGGCCGUGAAGAAGGACGCUCAGCUGAAAAGGAUCGCCAUGCAGGUCUUCCUCCACACCGAACUGGAGAACAUGUUGCCCAAGUGCCUGAUCAGCCGAGUGAACAAGUCAGAGGUGGUUGUUUACCCGAACGCGAAAUCGGACAAGUUGCGUGGGUUUUUGUCGUGCGUUCGAUAUGCUCUCAGGAUUCUGUGUUCGUUCAAGAAGGAGAGGUCUUUUGAUACUCCGGAUUCAGAAAACCAGAUUAAUAUGUGCAAAGAUAUGCUUGAGAGACAGCAGAGGCAGUUGCGUAGGAUUUCGUCACACCUCGAACACCAGUCAAAUAUUAUGAGGCUUAUCAUGCAGAAAAUGGAAAUCCGCAGUGACGUUAACGACUACGAUGACGGGGUAACUUUGGAAAACCUAGAAACCCCUACUUUCGACCACCGACGCUUCGCCACUUCUGCAUUGAACCAGUUUGAUAUAUGGAAUUUAUAA